AUGGCCAGAUUAGCAAUCAAGAUACAUCGUUGUUUCCGCAGGAAGCCUUUGCGUUUCUUCACCUUUAUCAUGGUUUACCUCAUGGCUGGGAGUCUGGUGUUCCUGCACUCGGGCUUUGUGGAGGACAGCACCAUUACUGGGAAGGCCUCACCCCACGGAGAGGGAGCAGCUCACACAGCCCUUGGUGCCACUCGUGGCCUGCAGCAGUUCUCCUUCCUGCCUUUUGGGAGGUCACACAAGGAGGCAUCGGAAAAGAAGCAGUGGCCAGAGGAGCCCCCAGCCCUGCCCAGGAGAUACGGACCUCCGUGGCUGAAACCAGUCUCGCAAGACGCUCUGGACAAGCUGAAGUCUGGGGAGCACGUCGGCAGCUGGAGUCGGGCACUAAAGGGGAAAAUGUCAAGGGAUCAGGAGGAGAACAGAGCAAGAUAUAUUGGCUGUUAUCUCGACACCACCAAGCAGAGGGCACUAAGGGGAACAGCAUUCUUUGACUACAGAAAGAUGACCAUAUUUCGUUGCCAGGACAACUGUGCUGAAAGGGGUUAUCAGUAUGCUGGCCUGGAGUUUGGAGCUGAAUGUUACUGUGGGCACAAGAUCCAGGCCCAGAACACCAGUGACUCCGAAUGCAGCAUGGAAUGCAAGGGGGAAAAGAGCAGCACUUGCGGAGGCCCAAACCGGCUGUCUGUCUACCGACUGGAGCUGACCCACGAAUCUGCCAGACGAUAUGGGAGUGCCUUGUUCCGAGGAUGUUUUAAAAGACCAGACAGUGUUUCACUCGCCCUGCCUACCAGCACCAUCUUGCCGAAUAUGUCCGUGGAUAAGUGUGUGGACUACUGCACAGAGAAGGAGUAUACCCUGGCUGUGCUUGGUGGUGAAACGUGUCACUGCGGUUUUCCUACCAUGCACUUCACACUGCAUGAUCCAGAGGACGAACACCUGUGCGCCCAGAAAUGCGCCAGUGAAGAAUACGAGCACUGCGGGAAUGAAGACUACUAUGUCGUUUAUCAAACACAAGUGCAAGAUAACCGUUGCAUGGAUCGGCGGUUUCUGCCCAUACGCUCGAAACGCCUUGUGGCCUUGGCCAGCUUCCCGGGAGCGGGGAACACGUGGGGCCGUCACCUGAUGGAACUCACCACAGGCUACUACACGGGCAGCUAUUACUUCGAUGGCUCCCUCUACAACAAAGGCUUCAAGGGAGAGCGGGACCACUGGAAAAGUGGGCGGCUGAUUUGUAUAAAGACGCAUGAGAGUGGCAAGAAGGAAAUUGAAUCAUUCGAUGCCGCAAUCCUUCUCAUCCGGAAUCCUUACAAAGCACUAAUGGCUGAAUUUAACCGCAAAUACGGAGGCCAUAUUGGCUUUGCCUCUGAGGCCCACUGGAGGGGGAAAGAGUGGCCUGAGUUUGUGAGGAACUACGCACCCUGGUGGGCAUCCCACACUCUUGACUGGUUAAAGUAUGGCAAAGAAGUCCUUGUGGUCCAUUAUGAAGACCUGAAGCAUGAUCUGUUUAACCAGCUGAAGAAGAUGAUGUCUAUCCUGGGCCUCAGUGUCUCUGAUGACAGACUGCUCUGUGUGGAGAGCCAAAAGGAUGGGAACUUCAAACGUUCCGGCCUCAGGAAACUGGAAUAUGAUCCCUACACUCCUGAGAUGAGGAAAAUGAUUGACUCUUUUGUUAAGACUGUGGAUGUGGCCCUCAAACUGAGAAACCUAACCGGUGUUCCUGAAGAUUACGCUCCCAGAUGAUUUUGUUGGUAAAUGCUAUUGGGACAUGGCUGUGUUCUCUCCUUCCCCAGCCAGUACUCCUUCCCACCCUUUGGGUGGCUUCUUUUACUAUUCUGCAGCUAUUAGCUUUCUGGGUGCUUCUAGCUUCUAGAGUAAAGUUCUCCGGAUACAGCUGGGGGUGCCAGUAACUGUGCUAGGAAGCAAACUUUAGGAAGUGAAGUGUUACCGGAGUCGAUGGCUGCCUGGAGUUUGCCACAACGUGGAAGGAGCUAUCAGUGUGGCUUGUGGGCUUUGUGGUGUGCAGGGGCUGGACUUUGCCCUUUGCUACUGCUUUUAGUGCUGUGCUUGGACUGUCAAAGCUGGGGCUGAGAUGCAGAGAAAAGAGGAGCCUGUGAUUGGUUGGAAUGAAUAUGAGGGGGAAAUCAAACAAGAGCUGGCCUGCCUUGUACAAAGGAGGAGGGGGGAAGAGAAGGGGCAAACUGAGAGAAAGCAUGUAUUUCUUAAUUUCAACUAACACCCACCCAUCUGGAUCACACCAAAGUUGCUGGCCAGUGGAUAUCAGGAUGCAAAACUACCUUGCUGUGGUUGAGAACAUAGUCACUGCCUUGCUCUUUCACAUCUUCCUCAAAAUCUGAAUUGAUUUUGGGCUGCUGUUUAGAGUUCAGACCUGCUGAGUGGGACAAUCAACAUAUUUAAUGUGACGAGACAUCACCAGCCUGUUUCCUACUCUUUUCAGAUCACAGUUAACCAUUUCUCUCCUUCGUUAUCUGAUAACCUGUGGUGACUUGUAUCAGAAAGAAAUUUCGGUAUUUUAUGAACACAGUAGCAGAUCUUACCUCACAAGCAUGAAGCAGACUCUUUGUUGUGGAGCUUUGUUGGGUUGUUUACAAUCCAGUUUGCCAAGGGUGGAUCAGUGGAGGAAGAAUGGGGCUCUCUUGAACCAAGACAUUUUAGGGCCUGGGAGCACUGAGAGUGAACCAAAGUACUGGGAAACAAAGAAAUUGAUGUGAUGAAUCCUCGCCUGUGAUUAACCAUAUCUAGAGCGAUAGAGAGAGAG